AUGGCGUCUUCAUAUGCAAACCACAAGCAGCAAAGUCGAAACCCGGCUAACCAGUUCCAGCACCAGCGACACAGUUGGACAGCAUCAAUUUUCAGAUCUGAUCCUCGACUUCGUACGCAAGAUCUCGACUCCGGCAACAGCGCUGCGGCAAGUGCGGCUACGCGUCACGUCGACGCGACUUCCCGCAUUCUUGCAAGAGCAUUCGGCAUCGCGUCCUCGAUCGCAAAGGGCUCAGGGCAAGUCAAGGAGAAUAAGAGCUUGCCUGGUGUCUUCGCGACAAAUACUGCUCCAAGAAAAGUGGUUGUCGGGCUUGAGAAGACUGGUCGCGUCGCGACUUCGACGCCGCUGCCUGACCCAUUUCGGCAAAACCCCGGCACCCAACCUCAAUCUCGUCGCUUCAAUCAGAUCGGUCCCCUCGCAACACCCGUUCAAAAGCUGAGAGCGAACCUCGAGCUGUGGAAGAACGAGCAUCCUGUCUCAUCCGCAAUACACGCACUUGCCUCGGAGAUGGUUGCGGACAUUGACAUGGAGAACAUGCCGCCCGGCCACGACUUCCGCGCGUUUGGUGGGGCCGACAACUUGGACCUCAUGUCCAUGGACGAGUUUGAGAAAGCAAACCCGUACACACCUCCACCUCCGAGACGAACUGCCAACCCAUUGCGAGCAUCUACUAAGCAUGGCGAGUUCACAACUGCGUUCAAUCUGGCUUGUGACGCUCGAGGCAUCGCCCGCGACUUUGCUUACUUCGAAGUAGCGAUACAGUGCUUUGAGGUCGAGCUGAAGUUGAAUGGCAAACUCGUCGAUCGUAUUGGCCCGUAUGCGUCUCACAAAGAUGGCAAAGAGGAGAUGUGCAAGAAGCAUCUUCCGACAGUCGAGGCAAUGCCUAACCAGAAGAAGCGCAAAGUCAGCGACGUAGCAUUCACACCAGUACCGGCAGGGCUCGAAGAUGAGCCGUGGAUCAACCUGAUCUAUCAGUACCUUCAGAAGAACCAGCUGCCAUUUCCCGACUUCGAACUCAAAAGCCAGAAUGAGCAGAAUGAAAAUGUUGGGCCGUGGACCUGUACCUUGCGAAUCAAAGGCUCGCCGCAUACUCCAUUUGGUGGCGAUGACAAGCGGUAUGCGAAUAAGAUGAAUGCCAAGAAAGCAGCUGCGAUGGAGGCGGUUCAAUGGUUGCGCUCACAGACCAAGAUGGCAGCAGCGCCGGAAAAGCGACGGAAGUCCUCGGUAUCCGUCUUGGAAUCUCCUGACCCGGCAAACUCAUCUUCCCAGUCGGAAGAUCCUGGUCACACUGGGCUCACGCAGACACUACGAUCCGCAGACGUCAAUGCCAAUCUUGCCAAACCAUCGGAGCAAGUUCAUCAGCUGGCUCUGGACCUUGGCUUCUGUCAGCCAGCAUACAGACAUGUGCCAGUGCCAAUGAGCGAAUCGUUCUACAAUACGCAUGCUGAGUUUCUGCCUGGAGACGUGCGGAAGGAACCACGACUUGCUGGGCAUGUUGGUCAGACGAGCCAUGUCUUUGGCAAGAAGCAUGCGCAGCAAGCUUGCGCGACGGAAGUGCUGAAGGUGUUGGAGGACAUUCGGAGAAGCAGGUUGAUGCGAUGA